GACGUCUUCCUUAACCUGUUUGCAACACUAUCUGUAUUCCUUGCUACUAACAUCAUGCCUCGUGGCCAGAAGAGCAAGCUCCGUGCCCGGGAGAAGCGUCGCCAGGUCCGUGCUCAAAACGCACUGGAGGAACAGACCUCUCCAGGUCCUAUCUAUGAGUAUCCACAUCAAUCUAUUCCUGAUGCUGGUAUGCCUACAACUCCCGACAUGCUGCAGGGAGCACACUGUACCAUUUCAGACACUGCAGGUGCCCGAAACCAAGAUGAGAAAAGUUCAGAUGAUUCUGAUGACACUGUGGCCUGGAAUAAAGAUCCUAUAAACCGCAAAGUAGUCUUACUGGUGCAGUUCCUGAUGGAUAAGUAUCAAAAGAAAGAGGUUAUUACAAAGGCAGAUAUGCUGAAAUCUGUUGUCAAAGCAUCGAAAAAUGACUUCAGUGAGAUCCUGAAGAGAGCCUCAGAGCACAUGGAGCUAGCUUUUGGUGUUGAUCUGAAGGAAGUGGAUCCUAUCAGGCACUGCUAUGCCCUUUUCAACAAACUAGAACAUACCUUUGAUGGAGUGAAGGAUGAGGAAAAUAUGCCCAAUACUGGCCUAUUAAUGAUGGUGCUGGGUGUGAUCUUCAUGAAAAAUAACUGUGCCUCUGAAAAGGAUAUCUGGGAUGUGCUGAAUAUGAUGGGCGUAUAUGCUAAUAGAAAACACUUCAUCUACGGAGAGCCUAAGAAAGUUAUCACUGAAGAUUUGGUAAGGCUGAAGUACUUGGAGUCCCGAAAAGUGCCCAACAGCAAUCCUCCAUCCUUUGAAUUCACUUGGGGUUCCAGGGCCGAGGCUGAAAUCAGCAAGAUGAAAAUCCUGGAGUUUUGGGCCAAGAUCCAUGAUACUACACCAGAUGCCUUUGAAGCCUUGUAUGAAAUAGCUGUGAAAGAUGAGGAAGAAAGAGCUCGAGCCAGAUCUGCAGCCAGGGCUCGCACUGCUGCUAUGGCCAGUUCACAUUCAAAAGCCAACACCAGCAGCUCCUCUCAGGCUAAGUAACAGCUAAGGCUAUUUCCUCACUAUUUGUUCGUAAUGGUCUGUCAGCUACCUAAUAGUGAAGGGUUAUUAUGGGCUGAGAGAACAAGUGCUUGUAUUUCUUUUCUGUUGUAUAUUAGUAACUUCCAGUUUUACCUUUUUCUCUCUUUUAAUUCUAGGUCAUAUUUUAUAGAUUGAAGUCCGAGGAAAAUUUCCUGUGUGGAAAUUAAGGACAGUGAAUAUUUUAAGUAGUAGAUGGGCAGCAUAGGUAUAGAAGGAGCACAAUGAAUAUCAUCAUUGCAUUCCUCUGCCAUAUUUGUUACUUUAAAUUUCAUUUUGCUUUUUGUGUAAUAUUUCAGAUGUUUCUUUCAAUUGGCUUCAAUGCCUUUAAAUGUAAAAUUAUUAAUGAGUUUGCUUAUACAUUCUGCCCUUGAAUAGUUUGAAGCUAUUCUGGGGAGAGAGGGUCACUUUUAUUUUAGGGGUGUGGCCACUGGUGAGUUCUCCAUGUUCCAGUGGAUGAACCCACACCUACACCCACAUGGGUAGCACUAACUGGACUUAAUUUUUUUUUUAAAAAAAAAAGAUGUAUGAGAAGAAAGGGAGAAGUCUACAUCAGUUUGAAUUUACUAGUCUGUUCAGUCUUAGGGUUUUGUUGGCUCAGUGACUAAAAUCUGAGUCAAAACAUAGUCAAUGUCAAGUUAAAUAAUGAGAUAGCAAAAAUGGAAAAGAAAAUAAUAAGAGGAUAAAUACUUAGUUUUUGGUU